CGCGGGGCGGGGCGGGGCGGCCUCGAGGGUACGCAGGCCUGGAUGGCCUGGGAGGCCCGCAACUCCGCCCGCGGGAGCCCAGGGCGCCCCUCCCUCCGCAGGCUCCAGUUUCCUGGCUCUCCCGGCGCGUCCCGUGCUACCUGUUGGGGCGCAGAGAACCCACACCCUGGGGCCGAGCCUCGGGCCGGGCGGGCGGGGCAGCAGGCCCGGCGCCCCUGCUGCUGAUGCCGCCUGGCCGGGAGCAGGAUUGCUUUUUUCCGCAGAGAGGCCAACCUCAGGCCCCCUCCCUCCAUCACUGAAGAGGCAGUAGGAGCCAUAGCCGCCUCCUCCCCCCUCCCUGCCGCCUCCUCGGCUGAGCCGGCAGGUUGUCCUGGCAACGGGAGGCGGAGAGGAGAUGCGCCGAGGGAUGGAGGUGUAUGUCACUGAGGAAGCUGCCGUGCUCCUGCCCCACGCCCCAGGCCCUUGAAGGCUCUGUACUCGGCCAGCCGCCUGAAGAGUCACCGAGGGAUGACGACGCUACAGCCCAGUGGGGCGCCCUUUCUACACUCGCGGCCACGAGCGCGCAGCGCCCAGGAGCCGGGCCGAGCCUGACGUCAGGUCGUCUCCCCUCGCACACAGGGAUCUGCGAGUGAUCCGACCAGCCAUCUCCCUACUGCAUGGAACGGCUGCAGAAGCAACCACUCACCUCCCCCGGGAGCGUGAGCUCCUCCCGAGACUCCAGUGUUCCGGGCUCUCCCUCCAGCAUCGUGGCCAAGAUGGAUAAUCAGGUGCUGGGCUACAAGGACUUGGCCGCCAUCCCCAAGGACAAGGCCAUCCUGGACAUCGAGCGGCCUGACCUCAUGAUCUACGAGCCCCACUUUACCUAUUCUCUCCUGGAUCAUGUGGAGCUGCCCAGAAGCCGGGAGCGCUCUCUGUCACCCAAAUCCACAUCUCCGCCACCUUCCCCAGAGGUGUGGGCAGACAGCCGGUCCCCUGGAACCAUCUCUCAGGCUUCAGCCCCAAGAACCACUGGGACCCCUCGGACCAGCCUGCCCCAUUUCCACCAUCCUGAGACCACCCGCCCAGAUUCCAACAUCUACAAGAAGCCACCCAUCUACAAGCAGAGAGAGUCCACGGGAGGCAGCCCUCAGAGCAAGCAUCUCAUUGAGGACCUCAUCAUUGAAUCAUCCAAGUUCCCUGCAGCCCAGCCCCCUGACCCCAACCAGCCAGCCAAGAUUGAAACCGACUACUGGCCAUGCCCCCCAUCGCUGGCCGUUGUGGAGACAGAAUGGAGGAAGCGGAAGGCAUCGCGGAGGGGGGCAGAGGAGGAGGAGGAGGAGGAAGACGAUGACUCCGGGGACGAGAUGAAGGCUCUCAGGGAGCGUCAGAGGGAGGAACUCAGUAAGGUUACUUCCAACUUGGGAAAGAUGAUCUUGAAAGAAGAGAUGGAAAAGUCAUUGCCUAUCCGGAGGAAAACCCGCUCCCUGCCUGACCGGACACCCUUUCAUACCUGUGAGUGCCAUGAAAGAAACUCAGAAUCAGCUGGCCAGACCCUGAGGCCAGAAUCGAAUAGUCUGUUGAGUUGGCCUGUCAUAUGCCCUGCACUGUGCUAUUGUGGGUGUAAGAGGCAGAAAAGGUUGCUGCCUCAAGGAGCUCACGCUCUCCUUAGGGCAGGAAUACCAGUCAUGGAAUGAGACUAGAUGAUCCAA